AUGUAUGCCGUGGGGAAGGUGGGCAGCCUCAUCUCCCGCAGCGUGUACUCUGUGUCCGGCCCAUUCCACCCGUUCGGUGGCGCGGUCGACGUCGUCGUCGUGCAGCAGCAGGACGGCAGCUUCAAGAGCUCGCCGUGGUACGUGCGGUUCGGCAAGUUCCAGGGGGUGCUCAAGUCGAGGGAGAAGGUGGUCGACAUCUCCGUCAAUGGCGUCGAGGCGGGGUUCCACAUGUACCUGGACAGCAACGGCGAGGCCUACUUCCUCAGGAAUGCGGACCCAAAUGGCGAGGAGGAAGUGGAGUUCAUCGUCUCCCCCGCCUCGUCGGGAGAUGAGCGGGAGGUGCCGAUCCAGGAGGCUCAGCUGAGGAAGUCGAAGAGCACUUCGUGUGAUAGCUCGACGAUGGAAGCUGAUGUUGGUGAGGGCAAGAUUCUUGCGAGGACAACCUCGAGGCGGACAACCAUACUUGAAAGGAUGUUUGGUCGGAAAUCGGUUAAGAAUAAUGCCCAUGCUGUGGAUAGGGUGAGUUCGUUGGAGCGAGCAGAGAUUGCUGUGGAACUCCUUGAUACCAAGUGGUCAACAAAUCUCCCACGGAGUUCAAAAACUAAUGGUUCAAAUGAUGAGCCUUCCAAGAGCAAUUUGGCAGAAGUUAGCAACAAUGAUCAGAUGGAAACAUCAAAACCUAAUGGUUCAACUGAUGAACCUUCCAAGAGCAAUUUGGCAGAAGUUAGCAACAAUGAUCAGAUUGAAACCUCAAAACCUGUGUUUUCAGAACAUAGCUUGGAUCAUGGAAAAGAGAUGGACUCUGACUGCGAUAAUGCUCACUGCAAUUCAUGUAGCCCCCGUGGAGGAAGAAACAGUUCAGCACAUGAAACCGAUCAGUGUUUACAAGCCACUAUUGUGAAGAAAGAGGUGGUUGAGAUACACACGCGUGAGAGUAGCGACUUCACUGAUAAUAUCAUUUCAAUCACACAUCAACAUGGGUCUGAAUCUUUGUCAAAUGAUCUGGGAACAGAUAAACUUACACAUCAGCCUGUUGAUACUCAAGAUGAGCUGCUGCAUGAUGUUGAAGAUGUCGCUGGAAGGGAGACACAUACAGAGGAGGUUGGGAUACACACGCCUGAGAGUAGCGACUUUGCUGAUAAUAUUACUUCAAUCACACAUCAACAUGGGUCAGAAUCUUUGUCAAAUGAUCUGGGAACAGAUAAACUUACGCAUCAGUCUGUCGAUACUCAAGAUGAGUUGCUGCAUGAUGUUGAAGAUGUCGCUGGAAGGGAGACACAUACAGAGGAGGUUGAGAUACACACGCGUGAGAGUAGCGAAUUCACUGAUAAUAUCACUUCAAUCACACAUCAACAUGGGUCAGAAUCUUUGUCAAAUGAUCUGGGAACAGAUAAACUUACGCAUCAGUCUGUCGAUACUCAAGAUGAGUUGCUGCAUGAUGUUGAAGAUGUCGAUGGAAGGGAGACACAUACAGAGGAGGUUAUUUCCAAUGGCAUUUUUGAAAUCCAUGUUGUUGAGACAGACAUUACAAGUGGUAAGAGUGAGGUGGUUUCUGAGAUUGUUACUGUUGAUUCUGAUGGAGCUAACCAAAAUUUUACAGAUUCAAAUUACCAAAAUUAUGUCACCACAGAUAUAUCAGCUGAAAGGCAUGAGGUUUCAUUGACCCCUUCUGCACAUGAUGCAUUUCAAGAGAAAAUAGUUAUCCUCAGCAGUUCUGAGACUGUGGAGGGAUCACUAGAUGCAGUUCAAGAGAAAGUAGUCAUUCUCAGCAGUUCUGAGACUCUGGAGAGCUCAUAUGCUGUGCCCUGUAUUUUGGAUGACACAGUUCAUGAUGCUUCCGAUAUCUCACAGGCUGACAGUGUACAACAUGAGGAGCACUCUAGUAUCUCUGAUGUGAGCACAGAAAAGCUAAUUUCUGAGGAAAGUUCUUUAGUAUGCUAUGGCGCUCCCAGCAACAAAAAGGACUUGGUUAAUGUAGUUGUUCAAGAAUGUGAAGCUUUUAUCUCAGAAAAUCCUGCUCCCCAAAUCUUGGAAGAGAAUGGUCCAGAUAUGGAUGUAUCUACCGACAGUGUUUCCCUUUCCCAUGCAGACGCAGCUCAUGAUUUAGCUUGUCAGCAUGUUUCUUCUAGUGUUGUAGAGACACCAAGUUAUGAGCUUGACAUCGGUCCUGAAGAUGUAACAAAGAACUCAAUUGUGGAAAAUGAAGCAUGCAGUGGGGAGCUUGUUGUUUCUGUUAUUCAGACCUCAAUGGGAGAUGGACUGACAAAAUGCAUUGCUCAGCCAGCUGUUUUUUCUAAUAAAAUAGAAGUAGAGGGCUCACCAACUGCUGUUGGAUUUUCCAGUUUGGUUAGUGUUGAAGUGCAAAACACAAAACUAGAAGAUGACACAAACAAAUCUAGUUCUGUGAUUGGAGAUGAAGUUGGUUUUGCACCUGAGGCUACAGCUGAGCUUGAUGAAGAAGCAGAACCAGUUGUAUCAUUCUCUGAAUAUACAGAAGAAAUUCAGUUUCAAUUUAGUGAUACUGAAAAUUUUGCAGAUAGAAAGGCCACAGAUGACAUGGUGGCUAACAAAACAACUGGUGAAGUAGAACAUGAUGAAUCUGAUUGUGACACCAAAAAACAGGAAGGAGGUGAUGUAGUUCUUGCAAAUGACUUGGAGAACUGUUCUGAUUCAAUAAAGCCUGGGACUAGCCCUGUUUCUAUUCCUGCAAUUGACUUCCAGUCAGGAGAUAGUAACAUAGAGGCUAAAUCUCUACCAAAUCUCCGUUCUCAUAUACAUGAUCUUGAAAGGUCUGAUAGUUUUCAGCUAAGCCGCUCACUACAAUCAAAUGCUGAAAAUAAUGGGGUUGACCCAGUCAAGAGCACGGAUUCUGCUUUUCUUGAGCAGAAAUCAGAAGUUAUUGGUGAUUCAGAAGGAAAUACCAGCCCACCUGAGGUUACCAGCAAUGUAGCACCUGAUGGCAAGCAUGCUGAUGACCUGAAAGUUGAUGCAUUCAUCCCUUUUGCAGAAUUAUCACUAUGCAGGCACCUGUUAUCUGAAGGCAUGGGCGAGGAUGCUGCUUGCAGUGCAUUUGAUUCUGAGAAGGUAACCUUAGAGAAGUUCCGUGACAUGAAGCAAUCACUGAUGCGAAACAACAAACUAGUUGUUAGGAUUGCUGGCCGCUAUUUUCCCUGGGAUGCUGCUGCGCCUAUAGUGCUUGGUAUGAUUUCUUUCAGUGAGGAACAAGUUUUUGAACCCAAAGGAAUGAUAAAGGUGGAGCGGGUUGAGCAAAGUGAAGCUCCAGGUGGCAGCUGGAGAAUCUGGCCAUUUAGUUUCAGACGAACAAGGACUAUUAGUGCUAUCCAGCCAGUUUGUGAAAGUACUGUUGAGACUUCUGUAUCCACUCCUAAAGAAUCCACACCUAUUAAAGAACUAGAUAGAGAAAGGAAUAAAUCCAGGGCAAAGAGGAUUGAGAGGAAGGUGCGAUCACUCACUCCGACAUCUGAGGAGCUUGCAUCUCUUGAUCUCAGAGAGGGAAGGAACGUGGUAACAUUUACUUUCUCAACUGCAAUUGUUGGGAAACAGCAGGUUGAUUGCCACAUAUAUUUAUGGAAAUGGAAUACACGCAUUGUAAUAUCUGAUGUGGAUGGAACUAUCACUAAGUCUGAUGUUCUUGGGCAGUUCAUGCCACUAGUUGGAGUUGAUUGGUCCCAAAAUGGAGUUGCUCAUUUGUUUUCUGCAAUAAAGGAAAAUGGAUAUCAGCUUCUAUUUCUGAGUGCACGCGCUAUUUCACAAGCCCACAUUACAAGACAGUUUCUUUUCAACCUAAAGCAGGAUGGCAAAGCACUUCCUGAUGGCCCUGUUGUUAUAUCUCCAGAUGGUCUCUUCCCGUCACUUUACAGAGAAGUCAUCAGAAGAGCUCCGCAUGAAUUCAAGAUUUCAUGUCUAGAGGCUAUCAAAGAUUUAUUUCCACACGACUCAAAUCCAUUUUAUGCUGGAUUUGGAAAUAGAGAUACAGAUGAGCUUAGCUACCUCAAGGUUGGUAUUCCUAUGGGCAAGAUCUUCAUAAUAAACCCCAAGGGUGAAGUUUCAGUGAAUCGGCGGGUUGAUACAAAGUCAUACACAUCCUUGCAUGCUCUUGUCCAUGGGAUGUUCCCUCCAAUAUCGUCAUCGUCUGAGCAGGAGGACUACAAUGCUUGGAAUUACUGGAAGAUGCCAUUGCCUGAUGUUGAUUUGUGA